AUCGGCAAGAAAAAGGUUUUUAAACAUCACUAAUUUUGGGCCAGGAAAUCGCUAGUUAUAGGUCAGAAUUGGAAAAUUAAGUUAAAUUAAGUGGUGUUAUUUGAGUCCGCUUGAGUGAGCAUGUCGCUAAACUACGAGGAGAUGAGCUGGUCGGAUGUUCGCGAUCAGUUCAGGAAGUGGCGCGAGGAGACGGGUCGCCACAGCGAGGAGGUGGUGCAGCUCUGGGUGGCUGUGCUGGAGGACAAGGUUCACAAGACCGGCAACGAGCGCCACCUCAUCCUCGAACAGGUGAUCAUCGCUGCUUUGGACACGGCCCGCUUCGACAUCGCCACCCAGUGCACCAAGCAGCUGGCCCUGGAGUUCCCGGGCAGCCUGCGCGUGAUGAAGUUCAAGGCGAUGCGCUACGAGGCUCUGGAGCAGUACGAUGAGGCCGACGAGGUCCUGGACGCCAUCAUCGCCAAGGACGAGACCAAUGCCGCGCCCAGGAAGCGCAAGAUUGCCAUCCUAAAGGCCCGCGGACGUCGCCUGGAGGCCAUCAAGGAGCUCAACGAAUAUCUAAAGAAGUUCAUGUCUGACCAGGAAGCCUGGCACGAGCUGUGCACAAUGUAUUUGGCCGAAGGAGAGUUCGGCAAGGCGGCCUUCUGCAUGGAGGAGGUUCUGCUGCACAAUCCCCAUAGCCAUCUGAUACACCAGCGGCUGGCGGAAAUACGCUACACAAUGGGUGGCGUCGAGAAUGUGGAAACUGCUCGCACUUACUACUCGCAGGCCCUGAAGCUGAACCCGCAUAACUUGCGCGCUCUUUACGGCAUUUACUUGUGCUGCAACUAUUUGGCCAACUCGCGAGCUGUGAGCUCCAAGCGCAAGGAGCUGCAGAAGCUGGGUCAGUGGGCCCUCGAACAAGUUACGGAGCAAACCACCAAACAAUCCACGAUCAAGAACAACGACAAACUGAUUCUGUCACUGGAGGCUGCCUUAGGAAACCUGGAAAUUAAAUCGAAUUGACCAAUUUAAGCACCAAUGGAUAUCACAUCAUUUGUGCAAUAGAUGCCAGAAAGUAAUGAUUCCAAAUAUUCUUAGAAAUGGGUUUCCAGUUUCUGUUUCUUAAGCGAGUUACAUAGAUAAACAUUUAAAGUAUCGGGAGUAAAAAGAAUUUUAUAGUCAGUGCAUCCGAGCUAGUAUUUUUGAUGUUAAAGUAUCGGUGACGGCUUUGAACUCGGAUAAUUUAUAACCUUGAACAUUGAGGUAUGCGAAGAUAGUCCUGUAAUAAAUUUAGAAAAAUCAAUUAUCAA